AAGCCAUCGUAGGGCGUAACUGGCCCAACAGAAGGGUUUGUAAUGGCCGAGGAGAAGCAUCGCAUGUUAUUCCAAGACCAGGAUCCCGGUCAGGAUCUGCAGAAACAGCGGCCCAUGUCCUUGUCGCCAUCGGAACCGCCUACCUACGAUGAUGCAAUGCAAACGUCUGCGAUUCAGGAGAGUUUUGACUACUCCACCGAUCGUCGAAGAACCUUUUUUGCAGAACCCCAACAUCUAAGGUCCAGGGUGGAGGAGAUGCCAUUGCAGCAAAUGGAGGACGAGGUGAGCGUGCAAUCGGAAGGAUUAGCAAUGCCACCAGUGAGAAAUUUCUUUAUCCUAAGCCCGCAACCCAAACUGGGUAACCAGGCGAUGGACAUCGUGUGCCCAGCUUGUGGUCAACGGGGAGUCACCCGUUUGAAGAGGUCACCUAAUGCUCGGACCAACCUUUGGGCCAUCUACUUGUGCACUUUUGGUUGGUGCUGCUGCGCUUGCUUGUUUCCGUAUCUAUGGAAUGGCUGCCGGACAACGAAUCAUUACUGCUCCGUCUGCGAGAUCUUCCUGGGCGCACAUUAUCCGCGGAGCUGCUGCUGCCGGCGGCUGUAGUCCGGAAAUAUCCAGCAGGAUCGCAGCCCGGAAUCCGGCCGCUAAUUGUGAAAGUUUUCCGUGUGUGCGAAUAAAGCUGAGUGGGCGGCACGCGCUUCUGACCACAAGGACUCGGCGCUUAUUCGCUUGUAAUGAGUAACGCAGUGCCGGACGCGGCCGGAAAUUGUGCGACGUCAAAUCGAAUUGCCUACCUAAGCCCAUCGUCCUGCGUCCUUCGUCCUCAAUGCGCAAUCCACAAUCCUUCCACCACCGGCCAUACACCAUUACCAUUGCCAUGCUCUGAACUGCCCUGCCCUGUCGCCCAAAUGAUGCAUAACUGGCCUAAACAAAUUGCCUCAUCAUCACUCCGUUUCGCACAUCCUGCCACCGAGAGCUGGUUGUUGUGGAUGCUGCUCGUUAUUUGAUACCCUGCAAUAAAGAGAGUAUUCAAUUUAGAUACAGUUACUUAAAUAUAACAAUAAAAUUGUAAAUAUGUCUAAGAAA